AACCCACAGCAUCCUUGGGUUGCCUGAUCCCCGGGGCAGCCGAGAGACGGAGAGGUCUGGACCUGAGCCGAGCCAAAGAAGUGCCACUAUUCACUGUCGCAGCAGAUUUACGUCUCUGAGAAGCUUGAGAAGAGUCCCACCGGGCCCGGAAGGCUGGCUUGUUGAUUUGGUCCAAUGCCGCCGGAAGCGGUUCUUUUUACUCAGGUUUGCGACAGGAAGUUAUUACUAUCCUGUUGUACCUUAUAAAGACGUCCCCAUUCCGCAUAGCAUUUUUUGGUUUUUCCUCUUAUUGUGACCUUUCUUUAUUACCGCACCACUUCGCAACGUUCAGGGUCGUAAAGAAGCAACGCCACCAUCGUUACCCAAAGAAGCCGCUAGGAGCUGGGUAGAAGGAGGCGUAAGUAGGAACGUAGCGACCGACGGGUGAAGUUUCCCAGGAGCAGAGUUCGAGACUUCACCCGGUGGAGGAUGGCUGAUUUCCCCUCGCAGUUAGAGCCGCCGGCUCCGCUAGAACUCAGCGGUGACUUCAAGAAGCCAGCCCUGCCGAUGCCCCCGGCGGUGCGGGGAAAGCCCCCGGUCACCAAUCCCGCAAACCCAGAGGAGGCGAAGAAAGGAAGGCCCACGGCGCUGCUGGACCCUGAUUCCGGUGCGCCCGAAGUCCCACCGGCCCGGCCGGACAGUGGGGAGACUAGGGUUGCGAAGAAGGAGCAGCCGCGUCCCCCCACAGCGGCUUCUUCCCCUGGCGGCCCAACCCGAGCUCCUGCCUACCAAGAGCCUCCGUGGGGCGGCCCAGCCACGGCCUCCUACAGCCUAGAGGUCCUGAAGGGCGGCACCAUCCUUGGCACCCGUAGCUUGAAAGGGACGAGUCUCUGCUCUUUCGGGCGGCUGUCUAGCUGCGACGUGUGCCUGGAGCACCCUUCGGUGUCUCGGUACCACGCCGUGCUGCAGCACAGGGUGUCCGGCCCUGACGGAGAAAGCGACGGCCACGGGCCUGGCUUCUACCUCUACGAUCUGGGAAGCACCCAUGGUACUUUUCUCAACAAAAUCCGCAUCCUUCCCCGCACUUAUUGUCGGGUUCACGUCGGACAUGUUCUUCGCUUUGGAGGCAGCACCCGGCUUUUUAUCCUGCAGGGACCAGAGGAAGACCGAGAGGCAGAAUCUGAAUUAACAGUAACACAGUUGAAGGAAUUACGCAAGCAGCAACAAAUCAUGUUGGAGAAGGAGAUGUUAGGAGAAGACUCGGAUGAAGAAGAGGAAGUGGAUACCACCGAAAGGAAGAGAAAUACUGGUAGUCAAGAUGAUGAGAUGGGCUGCACCUGGGGAAUGGGAGAAGAUGCAGUAGAGGAUGAGGCUGAAGAGAACCCCAUUGUCUUAGAGUUUCAGCAGGAAAGGGAGGCCUUUUAUAUAAAGGAUCCAAAAAAGGCUCUUCAAGGUUUUUUUGACCGAGAAGGAGAAGAAUUAGAGUAUGAAUUUGAUGAACAAGGGCACAGUACUUGGCUCUGCAGGGUGAGGUUACCUGUGGAUGAUUCAACUGGAAAACAACUGGUGGCUGAGGCCAUUCACUCAGGAAAGAAAAAGGAAGCAAUGAUGCAGUGCUCCCUGGAAGCAUGUCGGAUCCUUGAUACUUUGGGAUUGUUGCGUCAGGAGGCAGUAUCUCGGAAAAGGAAAGCCAAGAACUGGGAAGAUGAAGACUUUUAUGACAGUGAUGAUGACACAUUCCUUGAUCGGACUGGCCUGGUUGAGAAGAAGCGUCUCAACCGAAUGAAGAAGGCUGGGAAGAUAGAUGAGAAACCAGAGACCUUUGAAUCAUUGGUUGCAAAGUUAAAUGAUGCUGAAAGGGAACUCUCUGAAAUUUCUGAAAGGCUGAAAGCCUCAAGCAAAGCUCUAUCAGAGUCACCGUCUCAGGAUUCUUUAGAUGCGUUUAUGUCAGAAAUGAAAUCAGGAAGUGCGUUAGAUGGUGUGUCCCGGAAGAAACUUCACUUGAGAACCUUUGAACUGAGGAAAGAACAACAAAGACUUAAAGGUUUGAUAAAAAUUGUAAAGCCAGCAGAGAUUCCAGAGCUAAAAAAGACUGAAAAUCAGCUCACAGAUUCAGAAAACAAAGCUAAAAAGCUUACACUGCCUCUCUUUGGUGCCAUGAAAGGGGGAAGCAAAUUCAAAUUAAAAACUGGAACAGUAGGGAAGUUACCCCCUAAACGUCCAGAACUCCCUCCAGCUCUAAUGAGAAUGAAAGAUGAGCCUGAAGUAGAAGAAGAAGAGGAAGAGGAGGAGGAAGAGGAGAUGAAGAAGUAUGAAAAGAAAAAAAUGGAAGAUGGAAGCAGUGCGCUACAGCAGGAGAUAGAGCCAGAAGCAGCAGUCCAGGAAGCUAGCCUUCCCACAGAUUUCACAUGUUCUAAAGAAACCAAAGGCCAUGAAAACAUGUCUCAACUCAGCCAGGUGGAGCAGAAUGAAGAUGACCAAGAGACUAGUGAAAUAGCUCCCUCAUUCCAGGAGCCCUCAGCAUUAAAGAAUGAAUGCGAGAAAAGCAGAGAUGAAUUGAAGAAAAAGAAAGCUGCUGGUCCAAGCAAGCAUUCACCAACGCUUUCCUCCAAAUAUCCAGAAGAUGACCCAGACUACUGUGUAUGGGUCCCACCUGAAGAAAUACAUAUACAAGUGUGCAUAGUAAAUGACUUCUGGGAUUCACCUUAAAUAAUCCAGUGGUGGAGGAAGACGGAAGGUGGGAAAGGGUUAAGAGAUAAAGCAGGAUUGGCCAUAUAUUAGUAUUUGUGAAAGCUGGAUGAUGGGUAUGUGGGAGUUCAUUAUAUUUUUCUCUUUAUUUUGUAUAUAUUUUCAAAUUUAAGUUAAUUUAAAUAAAAAAUUCUUCUGGCUGUGCCUCAUUUAUCCAGUUUUUUUUUCUCUAAAUACAACCAAAUAGUAUCAGUUUCUUAAGAAUUCUUACAUAUAUAUUAUAUAAAAUGCCUAUAAAGGAAAUUAAAUGUAUAGUACUUAAACCACCACCACCCCCCCUUUUUUUACGCAAACGGAAGCAUGGUCUUCACCUUUUUGCACUUAACACUAUAUCUUGCAGACCCUUCCAUAGCUGUUUACAGAUUUCUUGUUCUUUUUUAUGGUAUGGAUAUACCUUUGCUUAUUUAACCAGGUCCCAUGAUGGGCAUUUAUGUGCUUGUAAUCUUUUGCCAUUACAAACAACUCUGCAAUAAGUAAACUUGAACAUUUAAUUUUGUGAGUGCAGAGGUGCACCCGUAGAAAAAUAUUCAUAAAAGUUAACUUGAUGGACCAAAGCCUCUCAACGUUUUUAAGAUGUUGUCAAAUUGCAUUCUAUAGGGAUUUACCAGUUUAUGCUCAUAUGUACGCUGUGCCCUUAAGCAGUGUAUGAGGUGCUCAUCACAGGUUGCUUUUUCUAUGGAUUGGGUUUCUAAUAUACUUAGUAAUGAAAUAAUAGAAAUUUAGUUACUAGACAUAUUUGUUUUUUGUCUGCUAAUAAGUACAAUGGUAGGAGUGAAAAAGAGGGCUGUGUUUUCAACUUGUAUAAAGUAAAAUUUUUUAUCAUAGAAGAAAAUUAUCUGUUUACUUUUGGCUUAUUGAUGUAUAAAUACCGUUUUUCUCCCUGACUUUGAAAAGUGAAUGAAUUUCUUUCUUU